UUGUCACUGUCAAGUGUCAGGUCAGCAGCAGUUUUGGCCGUAGGUAUUAAUUUACAUAAAAUUCUUAACUAAAUCAAUAGUACAAUAGUAAACGAAGUGAUUAAAUCGGCAGUCGCUAUUGGUAGCUAACAUGAAAUGGACGGCUCACAUUGAAGGCGGGCCGCGGCGCGUUAACCAUGCGGCGGUCUGCAUAGGAGAAAAAAUACUUUCCUUUGGUGGCUACUGUUCUACCGAGGAAUAUAAGGAUUGGGACCCCAUCCCUGUUCACGUCUUGAACACACAAACUCUACGGUGGUCAGCAGUUAACUAUAAGAAAACAGAUGUUGUACCUUUUCAGAGGUACGGACACACAACAGUUGCUUAUGGAGAAAAGGUGUUCAUGUGGGGAGGCAGAAACAAUGCAGUGGCUUGCGACAUACUCACCGUUUUUGACACGAGAACACUGGAAUGGAGCACGCCCACCGUCUCCGGGAGGAUUCCAUAUGCUAAAGACGGGCACUCGGCUUGCAUUAUUAACAAUAAGAUGUACAUAUUUGGAGGUUUUGAAUAUCUUACUGAUCAGUAUUCACAAGAAGUGCACUGUUUAAACUUGGACACAUUUGAAUGGCAGUUUGUACAAGCAAUAGGAACCCCACCAUCCCAUAGAGAUUUUCAUACAGCCGUGGCACAUGGAGAUAGAAUGUAUGUCUUUGGUGGGAGAGGUGACUUGAAUAGCCCAUACAAUUCACAACAAGAAAUAUAUUGUUCACAAAUGUACUAUUUAGACACGAAAACGGACACAUGGGUGGCAUUGAAUCCUAAUAAAAUAUGGCCGUGCGGCAGGCGCAGUCAUUCUGCAUGGAUACAUGAUGAUUACAUGUACAUCUUUGGAGGAUACAAUGGCAACACAAAAAUGCAUUUCAAUGAUCUCUUCAGAUAUUCAAUCAAGAAAAAUCACUGGGAACUGGUCCAUGUGAACGGGCAGGUCCCAUGCAAGAGAAGGCGGCAGGCCUGCCUAAUUCUUAAAGAUAAAAUGUACUUGUUUGGAGGCACCAGUCCGCAACCGGCGAAAAACGUUCCCCUCCGGCCUGUCUCCGAAGACGACAGCCUCGAGCUGCUACUGGACAACAACGACCUGCAUAUCCUAGACUACUCACCGACGCUCAAGACACUCUGUAUACUCAAAGUUCUGGAACACAACCUGGACCAGAGCGUGUUACCACGCCACAUUAUUAUGGACAUCCGAAGCAUGUCGCAGCCGAACCGCAUCAGCAGAUCCAUCAACCAAGCGGGCUGAACUCGAAGCAGUGCAUGUGCUUGCUGUUCAGCCAGUACAUGCGCUGUGAUAGCUGACGUUGCCGAAUACUUCAUAAUAGGCGCAUGUAGUGCAAGUGCAACUCUAUCGUACUUAUUUGUGUGUCUUUAAUUAGUACUUUUGUCAAAGCUUUACCUGAACACACAUGUAAUAUAAGUAGACUACGCAAACACCUAGAGUUGGAUCAAGAA